UUUAUAUACAAAUAUACGACGCAAAUGUUUAAAAGCAACAAAAAGUGUCGCGAAGGCGAAUAAAGGGGAGGAGUUUGUCUUUCAGGAGGCUGUCAGGAGUUGACAUGGACGCACUAAAACCACACUAUUUAAUAUAACAACUUACUGCUUUUAUUUCAAAAACAGUCGGCCGUCAUUUGUCGACGAAAAUGUUCGUCUUCUUGUUUUUGUCGGCGUUGUUGUUUUUCGGCAGCCCAACGCCGGCGGAGCUCGCAGUGACCGCUGGAAGCCCAACUGGGUCUUUAGAUGUCGACCACAGGAAGUUUUCUCACAGAAUCACCGAGAAGAAGGUGGAAGCGUCUCAUCCUCCAUCAGGUUCUAACUUCAACCUGAAGGUCCAGGUCACUGAAUUGCUGAGUCAUCAGUACCUGAGCCGGGCCAAAGUGGAUGUUUAUGUCAACUACACCAUCAGCAGCACAGCUCUCACUGGGCCGGAGGGCGGUGCUUUGCUCCAAGUACCUUUCCAAACUGGAUUGCCCAUCGCGGUUGUGGCCAGCAGGGACGGCUACGUCUGCACAGUGUUGCCAUACAGAAUCGUCAGGACGCCAAUAUUUUCCUCAGUGACCAUGCCACUGGUCGGCCUCACUCAAGGAAACAUCUGGCUGUUUGAAGACACUUUCCUGAUCACUGACAAAACAUCUGAUGCUUCAUUGAAUCCCAUUGUCCAGUUUCCAAAGAGCCUCCUGAACCUGACGGAGAGCAGCAACAUCACUUCUUUUCAAGCCUACUUGACGAUCCCCAGGUUCCCUUCAGAGGACGGCGACUUCCUCAGCACUUUGGGAAUCAUAAGCAGUCCAUCAGGAUAUAUCAGCAUGGAGUUGACUCCAGUGGCGGCCGUCAGUGUGCGACUCUUCUCCGGCGACACUGAAUUGCAUAUCAGCGGACCCAUAAAGAUCAGCCUAACUCUUCCUGACAGCUGUGGACUUCAGUCUUCCAAUGUAGUUCCAGCAUGGUUAUAUAACCACACUACUGGUGGAUGGAUGCGACAGGGAUUGGGGACUGUGGCGUCAAUAGAUGGGAAACUGAGGUGGACAUGGACCGCUCCUCAUCUUGGUUACUGGAUUGCUGCACCUGUGCCAACUAGUGGAGAUAUCUUUGGGACUGGCAUCCUGACUGACUUCUUCGUCCAUUACUCAACAUACCUGAUUGGUGGCCUGGGAGGAGUAUUUUGUAUUUUCGCCUGUCUAAUCGCUGGAUUGAUCAAAUUUCAGAGACGCUCUGCGAGGGAAACCAAGGUGAAGCAGAUCCUUCCACUGACGAGGAAAGACCAAUCCACCGCCACGUGCAACAGUGACGACGUCGAAGGGUCGCUUGGUGAUGUCACUCAAUCUCAGCAUGGCCUGAAAGAAUUAUUUACUGAAAUGAGUGAUAACCAACGCAAUGUUACUCUCUCCAUCUAUAAUGCCAAUAUUAUAGCCAAUCCCGAUGCUUUGGCCGCGAGAGCCGAACCCAACGACCCGAUUCCUUCACGCACCGCAGAGAUGAUGAAGGUCCCGGCGUCCUUAGCAGACAAUUUAUUAUUUUACAACCAGCCUGUUGCCAUUCUUCACGCUUCAGCAUUUUUCCAAGUGGAUGAGCAAAUGGAGCAUCCCUGCUGGAAUAAGAGUGCCACGCGGCCGCUGGCGGCGGAUUUUUGCUGUGAUUCCGAGGAAAAACAUCCGUCCACUGUCUCCACCGCCAUGCAGAAGCACGAGGGAGAAACUAAAGUUGACAAAUUGAGCGAUGCUCCGGUUCCAAUUUCCCCAAACAAAUCUCGGAGCCAGUGUGGUCUUCUGGAAUCCGCUUCAGUCCCAGAGACCAUGAGUAAGAUGAAGAGCAGCAGACACUCCAUGGAUGCUGCGACGGAACUUUCCAGGACGCCCUCGUCUCAACCGCCCCGGGCCUGGUUCGUGACCCUGGAGGGCAAACCUGCGGCCGAGAUCCAUUACGCCGUGGCGGAGCAGCAGAGGAGGCGGAGAGCGGCGGAAAGCCAAGAGACUAGUUUGGAUUCGGGGGUGGAUAUGAUCGAGGUGAACCAGACGCCCGGAAGGAGGUCCGUCACUCUGGAGCGGAACGCCACUUUUGUGAAGAGAACAUCCAGCAGCAAACACACCACGUCACAGUGAAACAAGAAGAUGUAGAAAUGUUCUCUCACGGUCACGCGUCUAUGCUGAAUCGGCGGUUUAUUAGUGCAGUCGAACCCGUUUAAGUCCACUGUUUCGUCGAGCUACAGUGGAACCUGGAUUUACAAAGCCCUUUAUUUGCGAACAUUUCCAUUUACAAACUUUUAGGUGGCGCCAAAUAUGCCUCUGCAUUAGGGAUGUCCCGAUCCAGGUUUUUGCACUUCCGAUCCGAUACCGAUAUUGUUUUUGCACUUCCGAUCCGAUACCGAUACUGACCGAUACCGAUACUGACCGAUACUGGCCUAUCCGAGCAUGUAUUAAAGUUUAAAGUUAUUUAGCCUACUUAGUUGUCAGAAUCAUGUUGAAAAGGGUUUUAGUACUCUUGAUAACAACUAGCCAGCUGAAUUAGGGGAGUUUGAAUAAUCCACAAUGGUUGGUAACAAGAAACUGACCUGUUUAUUCAAGGAUAAACACAAAAUAGACAAAAUUAUACAUGACAAACAGAAAUGGCAUCAUUGAA